AUGACGAAAAAAGACAAGAAGAAACUUAAGGUAAGCACGGUGGUGACCAAGGAGGGCGAAAGUAUAAAGGUUUUCGAAGAUUUGGAGAGCUUUGAGCUUUACAUCAAAAACGAGACAGAAGACGAGGAGUUCGACCAUGUGCGUUGCCAUUUAAAGUACUUCCCACCAUUUGUGCUCCACGAGUCUCACGACGACCCAGAGAAAAUCAAGGACUCGGCCAACUCGCACAGCAGGAAGUUCGUGCGGCACUUGCACCAACAUGUGGAAAAACAUCUACUCAAAGACAUUACCGAGAGGUUGCAGAUCCCCACGCUCAAAUUCAAGGACAAAUCAAAAGUCGAGACUCCAGACCACAUCGUCUGGAAGUACAACGAGCGUACCGAAUACCACAGUCGCGAAUUCGACAUCCACGUCACCGUAGAAUGUCACCACGAUAGCGCUUUGGUCGACGUAGACUAUCUCACCGAGCCCAUUCGCCAACCGGUCGCUGCGGCCUGA